CAUGGAGUGACAGCGUUUAUUUUGUUUAUUGUUACAUUUUAUUACAAACAGUUUGAUAAGGCGAAAUUAUUCAGAGGAAUAAUUUCAUUUUAAUUUGUUUAAUUUGUUUGAAAGAGGUGUUAAAGCGUUUAAAGGCAUUUUUGCAUAUUUUGUACAUGAAGGAGAAAAUUUAUUUAUUGUUUAUUACAAAAUACAAAUAAAAUCUAUCAGUGUUUAAUGUACAUGAAUUGUAGUGAUUUGAAGCCAAAGCUCCUGAAUAUUAUUGAAAGUGUGUAAAUGUGAGAAUAAUGUUCGGUGUCCUUAACUGCUGAGAGGGACGGGAAGGAUGCGCGUUCACGAGGGCUCGCGCAGGGCGGGGACGCGCGGGCGCAGGGCUGAGGAGGAGAGAGGAACCCGGAUGCUGAUGCUGAUGGAGAGAGAAGAAGGAAGGAGAAGGAGGAGAGGAUAAAAAAAUAAAAGCCACACACAGAGGAAUGAUCCAGCGGGACGAAGGAGCGCUCCACUCAGCGUCUGGAUCACGAGGCGUGUGAAUGGAAAGGGCAGCGAGCUGAGGAGGAGAAGCGGACAGAAACCGGGAUCGCCAUUUUUUAUCCUGAGGAUGUCCGGUAGCCGGGAGACGGGAGGAGAGUGCUGGGAGGAGCUGCUCUGAGGGAGACGAGGAUAACCUGUUCAUCAUCAUCUUCAUCAUCAUCAUCAUCCUCAUCCUCAAAUGCCGGCUUUCCUCAGAGGAACGCUUUCUAACUAAAACUGGACAAAAACCCAGUGUCCGUCAUCCUGCUGGAGAAAUCCCGCGAGGCGGCGGCCGCUCUCUCCCCGGCCUGCUCUGCUCCACGCCCGGAUGCGCGGCCUGGACAACACCGCGGCUCAGCUAACGGGACACACACACACACACACACACACACACAUCCUGCCUGAGCUGCUACAGAUUGACUGAAAACAGGGGAACAUUUCCAGGAGUCAGAGAUGGAUAUGGUAUUAUCUAUUAGAUGACAGGCUUUUAUUUAUUUAUUUAUUUAUUUAUUUAUUUAGUCAUAACAUAGUAUCAGUCUGUCAGUAACUGGGUCACUUCCGGUCUUCUGUGUCCUCCUGAUAAUAAAAAAAAUCCUUGCACCAUGCUCAUGAUUCAUUAAAGAAUUCUCUUCAGGUUUUUAUGAUCACAGUAAUCUCCUCAUCUCCACGUCCAUCAUCACAGACUUCCGGUCAGACACGCUGUCUCCUGGAUCAUCUUUCAGCUCUAAAACUGCGGCUGAACUCAAAUCUUCCGCUCGGAUCAGGAAACACAGCGUCCCGGAAACUCUUCUUCAAACCCUUUUCGCCUAUUCAACAAGGCAGCUAGAGAGGAAGAGGAAGAGGAGCAUCAGGACCGAGCAUCUCCAUCACCUGCAUCCUGUCGGUAAUGUCGGACAGGCGCGUGACGUCAUCACGCAGGACGCAGCGCCGCCCACUGAACCGGAAGUGACAGUGAUUCCUUUAUUUUUAUGGUCACUCAUUAGAACUGUUAGUUACUGAGCAUCAUGUCCAGUAAAGAGGUGUCCAGCAGUCACCCGGCUCAGUAUGUGGGUCCGUAUCGCCUGGAGAAGACACUGGGGAAAGGACAGACAGGUUUGGUGAAACUGGGUGUCCACUGUAUCACAGGACAGAAGGUGGCUAUAAAGAUUGUAAACAGAGAGAAACUCUCAGAGUCUGUACUCAUGAAGGUGGAGAGAGAGAUCGCCAUUCUGAAGCUAAUUGAACACCCACAUGUCCUUAAAUUACAUGAUGUGUACGAGAAUAACAAAUACCUGUAUCUGGUGUUGGAACACGUGUCAGGAGGUGAGCUGUUUGAUUAUUUGGUGAAAAAAGGGCGUCUGACUCCUAAAGAAGCACGGAAGUUUUUCAGACAGAUCAUCUCAGCUCUGGACUUUUGUCACAGUCACUCAAUAUGUCACAGAGACCUGAAGCCAGAGAACCUGCUGCUGGAUGAGAAGAACAACAUCAGGGUAGCUGACUUCGGCAUGGCGUCUCUACAGGUGGGGGACAGUCUGCUGGAGACCAGCUGUGGAUCUCCUCAUUAUGCGUGUCCUGAAGUCAUUAGGGGAGAGAAGUAUGAUGGUCGUAAAGCAGAUGUAUGGAGCUGUGGUGUUAUCCUCUUUGCUCUGCUGGUGGGGGCGUUACCCUUUGACCAUGAUAACCUGCGGCAGCUGCUGGAGAAGGUGAAGAGUGGAGUGUUCCACAUGCCUCACUUCAUCCCCCCAGAGUGUCAGGCUCUGCUGAGGGGCAUGAUCGAGGUCAACCCGGAGAAACGCCUUACGCUGGAAGCAAUACAGAAGCACCCAUGGUACCUUGGGGGUCGUAACGAGCCCUGUCCGGAGCAGCCUCCUCCCAGGCGAGUGUGUGUGAAGAGGAUCUUGUCUUUGACGGAGCUGGACCCUGAUGUGUUGGACAGCAUGCACUCUCUGGGCUGCUUCAGAGACAGAGUCAAACUCACCCGAGACCUGCAGUGUGAAGAGGAAAACCAGGAGAAGAUGAUCUACUACCUGCUGCUGGACAGGAAGGAGCGCUAUCCUAGUUAUGAGGAUGAAGAUCUUCCCCCCCGGAAUGAUGUUGAUCCUCCUCGGAAACGUGUGGACUCUCCCAUGCUGACCCGUCAUGGCCGCUGCCGGCCGGAGAGGAAGAGUCUGGAGGUACUGAGCGUGACGGAUCAGGGCUCCCCGACUCCGCCCCGCAGAGCCCUCGACACCUCCGUGCACAGCCAGAGAUCUCGCUCAGUGAGUGGAGCGUCCACCGGUCUGUCGUCCAGCCCCCUGAGCAGUCCAAGAAGUCCGGUUUUCACCUUCAGCCAAUCUGAGGUCACCUCUGCCUCCACCAACCAAGCCAAAGAUCCCAAAGUGGGGAGCGGCCCCACCCCUCGGGCAGCCCAGCGUGUGCCUGACCAAAAAACCCAGACGCUUCCGUCCAAGGCCGCGACCGAGCGGCCGCAUCUGCAGUCUAUGAAGUCUCUCCCCCUGCAGACACCACCCUCCCCUUCCCCCUCGCCGUCUCCACUCCUCUCCCCCAUCCCUCGUUUCUUCUUCUUCCCUGCUCCCUCCGUCCUGAAGUCCGUCACUAAGUCCAUCUAUCCUAACUCUACCCAUGUGUCGCAGGUCACGCCCCAGGAUUCCCCGCUUCCCACCCCCCUCGGACCCCCCCACCCCCCCCCUCCCACCCCACCGUCCUCCUCUUCCUCCUCCUCCUCCUCUCGGGCUGAAGGGGGAGGGGCUGGCAGCAGUGCAGGGGGUGGCUCCCUCACCCUCACUCCCCCCUCCAGCCCUGGUGCAGGUGGUGGAAUGGCUGCUAGUAGCUCCGCCCACUGGAGAAGUCGUCUCAACUCGUUCAAGAACAACCUGCUGGGUUCACCACGCUUCCACCGCCGCAAGCUGCAGGUUCCUACAUCAGAAGACAUGUCCAGCCUCACGCCAGAGUCCAGCCCAGAGUUGGCUAAGAAGUCUUGGUUUGGGAACUUUAUCAGUCUGGAGAAAGAGGAGCAGAUUUUUGUUGUGAUCCGAGAUAAACCUCUGAGCUCCAUCAAGGCUGACAUCGUCCACGCCUUUUUAUCAAUCCCGUCACUGAGCCACAGUGUAAUCUCCCAGACCAGUUUCCGAGCAGAAUACAAAACGUCCGGCGGCUCCUCCGUCUUCCAGAAGCCCAUUAAAUUCCAGGUGGACAUAGCCUUCUCCGAGGCAGAGCGGGAACGAGAGCGGGAGAGAGAGGGAAAAAGGGAGACUGGAAUCUACAGCGUCACCUUCACCCUCAUCUCAGGUCCUAGUCGCAGGUUUAAGAGAGUAGUGGAGACGAUUCAGGCUCAGCUGCUCAGCACUCAUGACCAGCCCUCUGUGCAGGCGCUUGCCGAUGAGAAGAACGGGGUCUCCUCUCCUUCUCCUCGCACUCCCACUCGCCAGAACUCACGUCGCUCUGAAGGGGGCGGAGAAUGUGGCGAGAGGGCGGAGUGUACAGACGGUGCAGGUCCAGGUGGAAGUGGUAGCGUCAUCCAACGCAAGGGGUCAGGAAAGGACAAGACCCGGCUCCUGUCGUCCAACGGAACCCAGUCCCAGCCCUGAGAGAACUCUCCAGAAACACUGAUAUGGAGCGUCGAAUCUGCCCCCAACACACACACCGCUCCCCCUCACCCACCCAAAAAAUCCCACAAUCCCACAGUAACCGACCCCACCUCAUUGGUUAAACCUGUAGCUCCAAUGCAGUUGGGAGAAAACUAGGAGCAUACUGAAGAGGAGAUGCUCUUACUCACCGACACCAAGAAUCACCUGCAAACACCUGAAGCUCUCACAGAGCCUGGACUUUGAUGUCACUCACCUGGAGGAUCUCAAAUCCAAACAGACUUGAAGGAAACAUUUAAAUAAUUAACACUGAACAUCUCAAGGCUAAGCUACACAUACAGAUUAGUUACUGAUCACCUGGAUGGAGGUGGGGAAGAUUGUCUCGUUUUCAUCGUCAUUAUCAUCACUAUCAUCAAAGAAAAUCUGAACCUUUUUCAAAGCCACAGAAAUAUCACUGUUAUAGACGUCCUCUCUGAAGACCCCAUGUUGAUGAGAAUGAUCCAGAACAGAAGACAGAACCGAAAGAACCAAGACAGACAGAGAGAACACAGUGGACCUCACGGAACAUCACGCUUCAUCCUGACCACAUUUCUUAAUCUGCAGAAGAAAAGAAAAGCAUCGAAGAUGGAAGUGCAGCCAUGGCUUUGUGUAGAGAAAUGAGAGCACAAAUAGAGGAUCUGCUCUGGGAAAGCCGGUUGGAACACAGCCUCCGAGAACGAGCGUGAUUUUAAUCAGACAACUUUUAAACGUCAAAAUCAGACGGGACGAGAGACGACAAGCUCCAAAAAUCCAAACAAAAGACUGAAUUCUGACAGAGUGAACAAACCCAAACCCAGUGAAUGUCAAAGAGGAACAAAGACAAAAGCUACUUUAGAAGUACUAUUUAAUUUAAGAUUCAAGCACAUUUAUUUAUUUAUUUAUUUAUUUAUUUAUUUAUUUAUUUAUUUAUUUAUUUAUUUAUUUAUUUAUUUGCUGUCGAGUUGGCAGCUGUCUCAGAGGUGAUCAAAUGAAGCACAGCGGAUGGGUCAUUCAUUUAGUUUCCAAACAUUAAAAUGAUGCUGCAGCAGUUUUUCGUUUCUCUUCUCCUUUUAGUUCUGUUUGUUUUUCUGUUCUUCUGCUUUCCACUUUAUAUAUUUAAGGAAAAAUAAAAUACAACAACGAAGAAGAGGACAAAAUAACUUGGAGAAGAAUUUCACUCCUCACAUGUUCCUGGCAGUAAAUAUUUGACAAAAUCAUGAAGGAAUAAAAAAGGUUAGAAAAAAACCAAACCUACUCUCAGUGAGGAAGAGGAGGAGAAUGAUGAGGAGGGAUGAAGAUCCGCCUUCUUCAGCAUUGUUAAGAAUGUUAACUACAAAUUCCCAAAGUAAACAGUUUGAGAGACAGAUCCCAUGUACUGAAUGUGAGCAGUAUUCACACACACACACACACUCUCUCUCUCUCUCUCUUUAAGCUCCUCCCCCUCUGAUAGAGCUGCAUCUAAGUAAUAAACAAAAGAUUGUGAGGGUUUCAUUCCUCCUGCACAAUAAACUGGACACUCCCCAGUUC